GUUAGGUCGGCAUUGCUGUCAUUCUUUAGACGAUUGGGGAGUCUACACGCAGUAGACGUAUCUAUAUUCGUUCUCCCGACGACGCUAUAGACGUUGGCGGUACCUUUUAUUCAAAAUCGGCGCUGCUGCCAAGUUUUCGCAGCGCGACCGCGGGGCGGAGAAACCCUUCUUUCCCAAGAUCGCGGACGCGGCGGCCCUCUCCCCCUCAUCCGCGAUGGCGUCGGACUCCCCUCGUGCUCGCAUCGAUCAGUUCUUUGCUUCAAGAAAGCGGAAACCUCCCGGACCGAAAGAUGAGAAGAAGUCUGAUAAAGAUCCCAAGAGCCCGCUCGAUGGAUCACCCAGUGCAAAAGGCAAUCUGGAUAGUUAUCUCGUCGAGUCUUCCGAUGCCAGUUCUUGUGCUGGCCAUGGCGCGGCCUUGUCGAGGCAUGAUUCAGUCAGAAGAAAUCUGUCAUCGGAUAUCAGCUUGGUGUCUGAUGUGCCAAAGAAGCCCAUCUUGAUAUCAUGUUCCUCAGGAAGUGGAGAUUCAUCGAACAGUGUUGAAGGCCUGUCUGGGGUUGGAAUAGGAGCAUUGGACGAGGCACCAGCCGACGUUCUUGGGUCUGGAGAGCAAGGUCACAUCCUUGAUGACCCUUGCGAUGCGGGCAUUGCGACCGGGGGGAAUUCAGAGCUCAAGAGGUUCGCAACUGAUUUUCUUUCUCUGUAUUGCAGUGAUCUCCCAACUGCUGUGAAUAUUCCUGUGGAUCAAGAGUUGAAAGGUCAAAAGAGAAAUGGCAGUCCAUCUCUCUUAGUUGCAUGCAAUAAAACUUGUUCAAAGAAGCAAUGUGUUAUAGAUCAGAGCAGCCUGUCCCAAAAACCUUCGAAGUUUGAGUCAAGCACCAAGCCUGAGGAUGCAGAUGUUGUUCAUUGCGAGGAUCUUGAGGAAUCAGGUGGUAAGCACCAUGGGGAAAGUGAUGGCGGAGACACAAGCCUGAAAAGAUGCAGUAUGACUCCUAAUUCUAUCUUAAUGAAGACAGGACAUUGUGUGCCUGAUUUGUCAACCAGUGUCUUGGAUGCUGGUGUGACCCCUAGAUCUGUGUCCAGGAGUUCAAUGUUCUCUCCAGGAGAUGAGUUUUGGAAUGAAGCUAUUCAAGUUGCUGAUGGUUUACUUGCUCCAGUUGGUAAAUUACCUGAAAGCCUGUGCUUUUUAAAAAGCGGAAGGUCUGGGAAUAAAUUAUUGCAGGACAAAUCUUCUUGUGCUGUUCCUCAGGGUGCUAAAAGUUUUUCUAGAUUGGAUGGUGAUGAUUUAGCUGCUCGGGAUGUGGAACUGAAAGGUUGUGUGAAGCCAAUAGCGAAGCCUGUUGAAGCACCUAUAAUGUUGCUGUCAGGCAGUCAGCCAAUUGAGAUAUCCCGGUUGCCUGUGAAGCAUUUUGAUUUCUGUCAGGAGGAAAAUUCACAUGAUCGUGAUAUAGAUGUAGAUGGAGUUGGUACUCUUUCAGGGAUUCGACAUGUAAAUCGUGGUUCUCUGAAGCAGAAAUGUCUAGCGACUUCAGACUUUCCAAAAUGCCAUGAAGAUCAGGAAAAAAUAGAAACUUUUGAAGAAAUUCCUAAAUCUUCUUCAAACACGUCAUCAGAUAUCAGUCCUCAUGAUUUAUCUUAUUGCACUAGAAAUUUGCCGCACAUUGUGGAAAAUGGUUCUGACUUGUCUGUACAUGAAGGGAAAUGUGGUUUGCCGACUCAAGUGAAUGGCUCCAAGCAUAUGCACAAGGACAAAAAUUUAUCUCAUGAUCUGCCACUACCUUGUUGUUAUGCUUAUGAUACAGAGAAAGAAAUCCAUAGUAGAUCAACUGCUCAUGGCUAUUGUGAAGAAGCCACAACUCCAUCCAGUUCUAUGCUAUCGAAUGAUCGUUUGAGGCUUACCAGUUGGCUUCCUUCCGAAGUAUGCAGUGUGUACAUGAAAAAAGGGAUAUCAAAACUUUACCCUUGGCAGGUUGAAUGUCUCCUUGUAGAUGGCGUCUUGGAGAAAAGAAAUCUAGUCUAUUGUGCAUCAACAAGUGCUGGUAAAAGUUUUGUAGCAGAGAUUUUGAUGUUGAGGCGAGUUAUAUCGACUGGAAAAAUGGCCCUCCUUGUACUUCCUUAUGUGUCAAUUUGUGCUGAGAAGGCUGAACACCUGGAACUACUUCUUGAGCCACUUGGGAAGCAUGUUCGGAGCUUUUAUGGAAAUCAGGGUGGUGCAUCACUUCCAAAAGAUACUUCUGUAGCUGUGUGUACGAUAGAGAAGGCAAACUCUUUAAUUAACAGAUUGUUAGAAGAAGGUCGCCUUUCUGAACUCGGAAUUAUUGUGAUAGAUGAACUUCAUAUGGUUGGUGAUCAACACAGAGGGUAUCUACUGGAGCUAAUGUUGACAAAGCUUCGUUAUGCAUCUGGUGAAGGAAACUUGGAAUCAUCUAGUGGAGAAAGUUCAGGUUCCAGUAGUGGGAAAGCUGACCCAUCUCAUGGUUUCCAGAUUGUUGGAAUGAGCGCUACCAUGCCAAAUGUGGCAGCUGUAGCUGAUUGGCUACAAGCGGCACUUUACCAGACUGAUUUCCGACCAGUUCCGCUAGAGGAGUAUAUCAAAGUUGGGAAUACCAUUUUUGACAAAAAAAUGAAUGCUGUUCGAAAAAUCCCAAAAAGGGCUGAUCUUGGGGGUAAAGACCCAGAUCACAUCGUUGAACUGUGCAAUGAGGUUGUUCAAGAAGGUCACUCAGUGCUAUUAUUUUGUUCAAGUAGAAAAGGAUGUGAAACAACUGCAAGGCAUGUCUCUACAUUCUUAAAGAAAUUUUCUAUUGGUGGACAUGAAGUUGACUGUGAGUUCAAUGAUGCUUCCUCUGCCAUUGAGGCCUUGCGGAGGUGUCCUGCUGGAUUAGAUCCUAUAUUAGAAGAAACACUUCCUUCUGGUGUUGCUUAUCAUCAUGCUGGCCUCACGGUCGAGGAGAGAGACAUCGUCGAAACAUGCUACCGUAAGGGACUUGUACGUGUUUUGACUGCUACAUCUACCUUAGCUGCUGGAGUUAAUUUGCCUGCCAGAAGGGUGAUAUUUCGACAGCCACGGGUUGGUCGCGAUUUCAUUGAUGGAACGCGUUAUAGACAGAUGUCUGGUCGUGCAGGUCGAACUGGCAUAGAUACAAGAGGAGAGAGUAUACUUGUAUGCAAGCCUGAUGAGGUCAAAAGAAUUGCUGCUAUCCUUAAUGAUAGCUGCCCUCCCUUGCAGUCUUGCCUCUCUGAAGAUAAAAAUGGGAUGACUCAUGCAAUCAUGGAGGUUGUUGCUGGUGGGAUUGUUCAGACUGCAAGUGACAUUCAUCGAUAUGUUAGAUGUACUCUCCUCAAUUCUACUGUACCAUUUCAAGAAGUAGUAAAAUCUGCUCAAGAUUCCCUUCGAUGGUUAUGCCAUAAAAAAUUUCUCGAAUGGAAUGAAGAGACUAAGUUGUACAGUACAACUCCUCUUGGACGUGCAGCUUUUGGCAGUUCUCUCACGCCUGAAGAAUCUCUUGUUGUCCUAGAUGAUCUUUCAAGAGCAAGAGAAGGAUUUGUUCUGGCAUCUGAUUUGCAUUUAGUUUACCUUGUAACUCCUAUUAAUGUUGAAGUUGAACCGGACUGGGAAUUAUACUACGAGAGGUUUAUGGAAUUAUCUGCACUUGACCAAUCAGUCGGAAACCGAGUGGGGGUGGUGGAACCGUUCUUGAUGCGCAUGGCCCAUGGUGCACCGAUGGCUCUUCAAGAAAAACUGAGGGGGAGAAAGAGUGUGCUGCACAACAGGCUGCAAACACGGAAUGUAGCCACUGAAACUAGCACAAUUUCUAAUGAAGAGACUCUUCGUGUCUGCAGACGCUUUUACGUUGCGCUUAUGUUGUUGAGACUUGUGCAGGAGGUCCCUAUUUCUGAUGUUUGUGAGUCUUUCAAAGUGGCUAGAGGCAUGAUUCAGGCCUUACAAGAAAAUGCUGGCAGGUUUGCUUUGAUGGUGUCAUUAUUUUGUGAAAGACUUGGUUGGCAUGAUUUAGAAGGUCUUGUUGCCAAGUUCCAAAAUCGGGUCUCAUUUGGAGUGAGAGCAGAGAUUGUGGAGCUUACCGCGAUUCCAUAUGUUAAGGGCUCACGAGCAAGGGCACUUUAUAAGGCUGGUCUCCGCACUCCUCUUGCCAUUGCUGAAGCAAAUGUUUAUGAGAUUGCAAAAGCUCUUUUUGAAUCUUCUGCAUGGGCCGGUCAAGAUGAUUUAGCCCUUCGUCGCAUGCAUUUGGGAGUGGCUAAGAAGAUAAAAAAUGGCGCACGCAAAAUCAUUCUUGACCAAGCAGAAGAAGCAAGAAUUGCUGCCUUUUCUGCUUUUAAAUCACUUGGGCUUCAUGUUCCCCAGUUUUCACGACCUUUACUUUCUACCGUUGCUCAGGAUAGCUUGGGACGAGAUAACACAAGUAUUAGUUGUGAUCAUAGUUCUCAUGACAUUAAGAAAGAAAAUUUAACCGAUACAAAGGAUAUAACUGUAGAAGCUUCUGGAGGGGUAAACACAACUGAAGCAGUGCAGCAUAAGAUUAACAGCACUGAUGCUGUGAUGUUAAUAAAUGCUUCUACUGUAACCAGUAGCUCUCCUUAUAAAUUAAAUCAACAUGAUAUGGGAACAUCAGGGGAUCCUUACAUUCCGGAAUCAACAAGCCAUGCAAAUGGUAUUCUUGAUGUUGCACUAGGUUAUGAUCCAAAGGGAGGGGACAUGGGCAGAGUAGAUGGACCCAACUGCAGUAAUGAAGACAUUUCUGACAAAGGUCCCAUUAAUGCAAGUAAUUUUCCUGGUGGUUUUGAUUCCUUUUUAGAUCAGUGGGGUGCAGUUGGAGAAUUUUGUUUUGAUGUUCAUUUCCUUGAACGACCAGAACUGCAACAUUCGGUCUUAUUUGAAGUUUUUGGCUUAGCUAUCUGUUGGGAAAAUUUGCCAGUGUAUUAUGUCAACUUUCCGAAGGAUCUGGUGGCUUCUGGCAAACAAGAUAAAUGUGACGUCUGGGAGGUUGCUCUAAGUAGAUGGAAAAGGAUAGCUCAAAUUAUGGGAAAAAGCAGUGUUAGAAAAAUAACAUGGAAUCUGAAAAUUCAGAUCCAGGUUCUCAAGUAUCCUUGUAUAUCUAUUCAGAGAUUUGGAAGGCUCUGUGUCGAGUAUAAAAAGCUGAAUGACAUUGAGCUUAUUGACAAUUCAUAUAUUUCAUUGCCAUCUGUCUCUGUGAAUGAUGGAAUUGACAUAUGCUUGGUGGCAUGGAUCCUGUCACCUGAUGAGGAAUGCAAAUCCACUCCAAAACUUGAGAAGGUUGUCAAGAAACGAUUAUCUAGUGAGGCUGUGGCAGCUGCUGCUCGGGAUGGUAGGUGGAGAAACCAAAUGUGUAAGGCUGCACAUAAUGGUUGUUGUAGACGAGCUGCCCAAGUACGGGCUCUGGUUUCUGUUUUAUUGAAGCUUCUUGUCUCCGAGGGCCUGGUUGAAGUUCUCACCAGGAUUGAGAAUCCACUGGUUAAAGUCCUUGCAGACAUGGAACUUUGGGGCAUAGGUGUUGACAUGGAGGCAUGUCUUCAGGCAAGGCAUAUUUUAAUGAGAAAGCUGAAGGAACUCGAGAAGGAAGCUUAUAGACUUGCUGGCAUGCCUUUUUCACUUUAUACAGCUGCAGACAUUGCAAAUGUCCUUUUCACGCACUUAAAAUUGCCAAUACCUCGGAGUUGCAAUAAAGGAAAGCUGCAUCCUAGCACAGAUAAGCAUUCCUUAGACCAAUUAAGAGGUCGACAUCCAAUCAUUUCAGUUAUCAAAGAACACAGAACCUUGGCAAAGCUGUUAAAUAGCACAUUGGGAUCAAUUUGUUCACGGGCUAAGUUGUGUAUGAAGUCCCAAAAAUAUACAAUACAGGGACACUGGCUUCAGACAUCAACAGCUACAGGACGCCUCUCAAUGGAGGAACCAAAUCUCCAGGUUUUUCUAUGGAUAGCUAGUUUUUGUGUUGAGCAUUUAGUAGUCUUCACAACCCAACAUCAUGAUGAAAGCAACUCAAGCGUAUCAAAUGUCAGUCAUUAUCAGAUCAAUGCUCGUGACUUCUUUAUCCCUACACAAGACAACUGGUUGCUGCUAACAGCUGACUACUCCCAAAUAGAACUGCGAUUGAUGGCUCAUUUCUCUAAAGAUUCUGCAUUGAUUGAACUUUUGAGCAAGCCAGACGGUGACGUUUUUAAAAUGAUAGCUGCAAGAUGGACUGGUAGGCCGGAAUCUGCCAUUAGCUCUCAGGAGAGAGAACACACAAAAAGGUUAAUAUAUGGCAUUCUAUAUGGGAUGGGGGCUAACUCCCUUGCCGAGCAACUAGAAUGCAGCUCAGAAGAAGCUGCUGAAAAAAUUCAAAGCUUCAAAACUUCUUUCCCUGGUGUUUCUUCUUGGUUGCAUGAAGCAGUAGCAUCUUGUUGCCAUAAAGGGUAUGUGGAAACAUUGAUGGGCAGAAAACGUUUUCUAUCAAAAAUAAAGUUUGGAAACAACAAAGAGAAGGCUAAAGCUCAGAGACAAGCCGUAAAUUCCAUUUGUCAGGGCUCUGCUGCUGAUAUAAUCAAGAUCGCUAUGAUAACCAUUCAUCCUGUGAUUGCUGAAGGAAGUGAGCUGCUUAAUCUGAAUAGUGGACUUGCGACAAAAUUUUCCAACAUUAAAGGCCAUUGUCGUAUCGUUUUGCAGGUGCAUGAUGAAUUAGUGCUGGAAGUUGAUCCACAUCUGAUAAGGGAUGCAGGAAUUUUGCUGCAAAUGAGCAUGGAGAGUGCUGUAUCACUUCUGGUUCCCUUGCACGUGAAACUGAAGGUAGGGAAAACCUGGGGUUCACUGGAGCCUUUCCAGCCAGAACUUUCACCAUUUGGUGGAAAGAAUUAAUGUGUGGAAGACUAAAAGCUGCUGGAAGUUUCAUCAGUUUCUUAUUUUGAGGACUCUAAGCAGUGUGGAUGGUGUUUCUCUGGCUUACAGGUCCAUGAGAAGUUUAAUUGAUCUGAUGUUGAUAAGAUUCUGUGAGCUUUCGGAUGUCAAUUAAGCUUUCAUUUGGGCACAAUUUAUUUCAUUAGAAUGUGUAUUCAUUUCUGUUUAUACUCCCAGUCUUAUCUCGUGGUACCAUCCCAUCUCACUACCAUCCCAUCUCACUUAUAGCAUCUAAGAGGGAUCUGCUAGGCAACCUAUAAGACAAGUUGGCAGGAAGUUAAGACCCACCUUCACUGUUACAUUGUUUAAGCUCAUGCUGGGAACCAGUGGUCCCCUACACUUGGAAAGAGUGCAUUGGAAGAGGGAAGAAGGCAGGGUCUGAUAAAGGUUUCUGCAUUCAUGUUGAGACUUAGAUUAUCAGCCAAAAUGCUAGACUGCAACACACUCCAUUUCCAUUGUAUCUUGUACAGGAGGGUAAAAGGUCAAGUGAAUCUUUCUUUGGAUGUUAGAGGCAAUUAUAGACUAGUUCUUAAAGCUCUCUUGGGCAUGCUUACAAGUUUCUAUUAGGCAAAUUUGAUUUGAAUAUUGCUUCCCCUCCCUGCUCAUUUAUCCAGGCCUUUGCGACAGCUGAAAUUGGUGCAAUGGAUACAUGAUGGGUGGUUAUCGUUUUGGUGGGUUUGGGGGGGGGGCGCACGUGCGUUGGGGGACGGGGGGCGCCCAGAAUUGUUCGGCAAUUUUGUCUAUCACAUCAGCAUGGCUAACUCAGUUUUAGCGUAUCAGAGAGGUAAAGCAUUUUUCCAUUUGAUAAAGUAAACAAAUAGGAAACCAAUACACAUCAGCAUGGCUAACUCAGUGUUAGCGCAUCAGAGAGGUAAAGCAUUUUCCAUUUGAUAAAGUAAACAAGUAGGUAACCCGGUUGGAUCAUAUAAUCAGUAUUGCAGAUCAUGGUGAGAUUUGAGCUAAGUGCAAGUUAUUGAAGAAUAUCAAGACUUGGCUCCAACCAUCAUGUUUCAUGUGUGUGGAGAACCAAAUUUGGCUGAAGUUUAUAUCUCAUGGAUGCAUAUUCAUGGUCAUUGCAGUUCUUUCAAUUGAUUUUGUUCCAUAUUCAAAUGUUUGUAAUCUAGUUUGAGCUAGUUCAAUUUUGAAUUUAAAGGGCUGCUGAAGUUUAUGUGGUAGUUUGAUUGGGAACAGGAAAUGAUCCUUGUCCACAUCAGAAACUGUAGAGAAGCUAAACCAAUCAAAUUUUGGUUGUCUGACAAAGUGCACGCAAUGGCAAGCUAGCAGGGAAUUGUGCUUGACGAUCAGUGGUAUGUGCAAUUUCUGGGUGUGUCUUUGCAUAAUUGCUGCAAUGCUGUAGCUUCAUGUCACUGUUUUUGUAGCAGAAAUUGUUUGGAUGAUAUGUUAUGGCUUAUAAUAGAUGAAGAGGUGAUUCAUGUUGGAGUUAUGGAUGUCAGUGCUUGUAGCUUUCCUAGAUUUUGGUAGGGGUACAUGACUAUUUACUGUGCCAGGGCUCACCAUUGCUUUGCUGUUGGUAAUGCUGGACACAGAAAAGAAGAGACUCCAUUUUUCAAGGGAAGCUGGUUAGAACAUACUUGGGAUGGGGUGGUAGCUGCAGGAAAGUUGUGGCUUGUUGGAAGUUUUAAUGGAGCCAUGAGCUUGUAUAACAAGCUCUACUGUUACAUAAGCAGAGAUUUUUAAGUAGCUUUGAAAACAACUCUACUGGGUUUUCUGAAAAUGAUGGAAACUGCUGGAACCAUAGAAUGGUUUCUGCUCAGAAUAACUGUAUUGGGUAAAAUGCAUGCAGGUUGGUGUAGCAUGGUAUGGAACUGAGAGAAACUUGAGUAUUGAGAACCAUAUUAGAUAAGGUAUUUGACUUGGUACAGGGAUAUGGAAUUUCUGAAAUUAGUCUAGUGAAGUUGGUCCCACAUGUAAAAUAUACUUUGGUGUCUAUGGGACAUUGUAAUAUCUUUGAAGGCGAUAAUAAGUCUUUUAUGUGUUUCAUCCUCGGCUGUUUGAAAGGUGAAUGAAAGCUGAAACAGUUGACUGCAAUCCUGUUCAUUUGCCUGAUGGAGCUAUAGAAUGCCAUGGUACAGGCGGCAGUGUAUCGUCUUGGGAAUUUCCUUUCCUGCAGACGGCAAAAGGGAACUCUUACUGGUUAGUGUUUUCUCACCUUGUUUAAUGCUGUUAACAUCAGGCCCUGUACAAUUGGGAUUUUCUUGUUACUGAUAUUCUUAUUGUGCUAAUCAGAUCGUUUGUUGAUUUAUCCAAAAGCGUGAUGAUGUUUUAUUGAUUGUUGUAUCAUAAGUAAUGAAUUCUGCUUUCAUAA